CCAGAUACACAGUAAUGCCCAAAUCACUGCACAACUCGUUCACUAAAUCCAUAGAGUAAGAGCCUUUAUGCGAACCCAGCGACCUCUUGAGUCACUUUGGAGAAGAAGAAGACGACGACGAUGCAGUGGUACUUUGUUGCUGCGCUGCUCACCGUUCUCACCAGCUCUCAGGGAAUCUUGACAACACUCUCUCAAAGUAAUGGCAAAUAUAAGUAUGACUAUGCAACUGUUCCAUUUCUUGCUGAAGUAUUCAAGCUAGCAGUGUCCUGUGUAUUUCUUUGGCGAGAGUGUCGCACAUCCCUUUCUGUUCGAAUGACUACAGAUUGGAAGAGUGUGCGCUUAUAUCCUAUUCCGUCAAUCAUAUAUCUAGUUCAUAACAAUGUUCAGUUUGCUACUCUUGUUUAUGUGGAUACUUCCACAUAUCAGAUAAUGGGUAAUCUGAAAAUUGUUACCACGGGCAUAUUAUUCAGGUUAUUUCUAAGAAGAAAACUUUCUAAUCUGCAAUGGAUGGCAAUUGUGUUAUUAGCUGUUGGAACGACCACAAGCCAGGUUAAAGGUUGUGGGGAAGCAUCAUGUGAUUCACUAUUCUCAGCACCAAUCCAAGGAUAUGCUCUGGGGAUCCUAUCUGCUUGUAUGUCAGCAUUGGCUGGUGUUUACACAGAGUUUCUUAUGAAGAAGAACAAUGAUAGCUUGUACUGGCAGAAUGUACAAUUGUAUACGUUUGGUGUGAUUUUCAAUAUGGCACGUCUUGUAUUCGAUGACUUUAGGGGUGGAUUUGAAAAUGGACCUUGGUGGCAACGCAUUUUCAAUGGCUAUAGUGUUACAACUUGGUUGGUGGUGUUAAAUCUUGGGUCUACUGGCUUGCUAGUCUCAUGGUUGAUGAAGUAUGCUGACAACAUUGUGAAGGUGUACUCUACUUCAAUGGCCAUGCUGCUGACAAUGGUCUUAUCUGUAUACCUUUUCACUUUCAAACCCACAUUGCAGCUCUUUUUGGGUAUUAUCAUCUGUAUGAUGUCACUACACAUGUACUUUGCCCCUCCAAACACGCUGGUGGAUUUACCAUUGCCUGUAAAAGCAACCCCUGAGGGUCUGAAAGAAGUUGCUGUUGUUGAAUGAAGAUCAAAGUUCUGAUGCUUCUCUUGUUUGGGGAAACUUAUGAUUUCGCAAUAGCUGUCAGAAUUCAGAGGUCAACUAAGUGUAGCUGGGAUACUGUUGAUGACGUAAAAGGUGGUGAGAAACUGGUUCAAUCAAUUACUUGAACAAAUUGAUCAGUUAGCUGAUAAUUUUGUGUUAUUUGUGCUGGAUAUACCUUCUAGAAACAUGCAUCUUUCGGGAAAAUUUAAAACUCUUGUUAGGUUGAUUGUCUAUAUCCUGAAUGCUUGAUAAUACGGAUUGCUCUUAUAUAUGGAAAUGAAGUUUUACCACC